GGCGGCUCUCCCGGCUCUCCCGCAGCGCUCUCGGCUCUGCGCGGUGCAGGCGGCCAUGGGCGACCACAAGGCCGUGAUUAAGGACACGGACAUGACCGAAGAGAUGCAGCAGGAGGCCGUGGACUGCGCCCUGCUGGCGCUGGACGAGUACAACAUCGAGCACGAGAUCGCGGCCCACAUAAAGAGGGAAUUUGACAAGAAACACCAUCCCACUUGGCAUUGUGUUGUGGGAAGGAACUUUUGCAGCCACGUGACUCAUGAGAGUAAGCACUUCAUCUACUUCUACCUGGGGCACGUUGCUAUUCUGCUCUUCAAAUCCGGGUAGAGCCACGGACUCUUGCUGAAACUUGCACCUUGCUAACGGCACGUGUGUUAACUGCAAGCAGCCCCGUGCCUUCGGCCUUCCCAGGCAAACACACCUGGAGUUAGUUAGUUAUUUCACUCAUA